AUGGGUGUCCUGGUGUAUCGAAGUCAGGAACAAGUGCUUGACAUUAUGAAUCCUUCAAAGAUCUGCUCGGCAGCCAUUAAUGCUGUGACGAAGCAGAAACAUGCACAACAUUUGUUCAAGCGUUCUCAAACCGGCAUUUUCCAUGGUAGAGCAAUCAUGUUUGGAAAAAAUGUUCCGGAGAUGGGUCACAGGACCCCAAGAACCUGGAUGCCGAAUAUUCGAGCUCGUAGACUCAAGUCGGAUAUUUUGGAUCGAACAAUGAGAUGGAAUGUCACGACUAGGGCAAUGAGGACCAUUAACAAGUAUGGCUCUCUGGACAAGGAUGAAUUAAACGAUGCCGAUGCUGCCCAAGCCGAGACUGAAACAAGGCGAUCAAAGACGGAACUUGAACAAGCUAGCGAAAAGCUCAUUCUAAGCAUGCCGGUAAGUUGGAAAGUUUGUCAAGUUUCGUUGACUCACACCUUCUCAACUAGAAAUCGGUUCGAGGUAAACCUGCUCAACCGAGAGAUUAAUGUUACGGAUGCUCGAGUAAUUUAG